AACAUUUCCUCCUGUUUCUAUAGGUUGCAUGUUGGGCAAUGAGAAGCAAUGAGUGAUUUUGUUUGGGCCCUAAAGAAUGGCGACCUAGAACAGGUCAAAGAGCAUGUGGAAAAGGCCAAGGACAAGCAUGGGAUUAGUGCCCUACUGGCUGCCAUCUGGGAAGGUCAUACAGAUUGUGUGAAGCUUCUUCUCCAACAUGGGGCAAACAAAUCCGGCAGUACUCCGGAUGGUAUCAGCUACUUGGAGGCUGCUGAGAAGGAAGACAUUAGAGCCCUCCUCAUAUGAGAUCUUCCCUAUUUAACAUUUUGAUCCGCUUCUUUGUUGCUGCAAUUGGUGAUUUUUUGAGAGCAUAUUGAAUCUUGUUUCUUGGAUUCAUAAAUAUUUCAUACUAUUCCUAACCCUGUGACAUUCAGAACAAAGUGGUUGUACUGUCUUUUUAAAUGGAUUUCUUUCUUCUGUGGAUUGAGA